GCCAGUUAGCCGCCCGCCCGCCCGCCCUUUGCAGCACCUUGGGCAUGGUAGUUCCGAGAUCAUUCCAGAGGCGGGCGCUCAGGUAGAGGGAGGCCUCCUGCCUUGGUGGAGCGGGCCUUCGAAGCCUGGAGACGAGGAGGGAGGCUUAGAGAGAGAGAGAAGGGGAGAACAAAGAGGCGGCGGUGCUUCUUCCUUCCUUCCUUCCUUCCGCCUCUGCGCCUCCGCCUCUAGAGGGCGCUGCCUCAGGGAGCCCGCCCUUUUCCCUCACAGAAGCCGAGCCUGGCUCAGGAGGAGGAGGAGGAGGAGGGCGACGGUGCAGAAGGAGCCCCUCAGGAUGUUCUCGCGGAGGGGCCACGCGGAUGUCAAGAAGUCCGCCCAGAAGGCGCUGGACCCACGGAAGGAUGUCCUCACGCGCCUCAAGCACCUCAGGGCGCUCAUGGAUGCUAUGGACGGAAGUGAACUUAAACAUUUUUUUGAGAUUAACUAUUCUCAGAUUUAUUUUAUCUUCUAUGAAAAUUUCAUAACACUGGAAAGUAACUUGAAACAAAAAGGGAAUAAAUCUCAAAGGGAGGAGCUGGACUCCAUUCUCUUUCUUUUUGAAAGAAUAUUACAACUGCUACCAGAAAGGAUUUUCUAUCGGUGGCAUUUCCACAGCAUAGGAUCAGUGUUAAAGAAACUUUUGCACACUGGAAACUGUCUUAAGAUAAGAUGUGAAGGAAUCAGGUUAUUUCUUCUCUGGCUGCAAGCACUCCAGACCAAUUGCGCCGAGGAGCAGCUGCUAAUUUUUGCUUGCCUUGUGCCUGGUUUUCCUGCAGUGAUGUCUUCAAAAGGUCCAUGUACACUGGAUACUAUCAUUAGCUCUCCUUCCAGUCUUCCAGAUGCAAAGAUUUUUCCAGAGGAAAUAACACCACUUUUACCACAUGCCUCUGGUGAAAAGACUACCGAGGACCCAACUUGCUCCUUCCUUCAACUACUGUUAAAAUAUAUGGUCAUCCAAGCUGCAAGCUUGGAAUGGAAGAAUAAAGAGAAUCAUGAUACUGGGUUUAAGUUCCUUUUUGCCUUGUUCAGAAAAUAUUAUCUUCCUCAUUUAUUUCCUAGUUUUACAAAACUAACAAAUCUCUACAAACCUGUGCUUGACAUCCCUGGUCUGCGACCUAAACCGUCAUAUGUUAGUGCAACUUGUAAUAAUGAAAACGUUUAUAGUACAAAAAUACCAUACAUGACUGCUCGUGUUGUUUUUAUUAAAUGGAUUGUAAACUUUUUUCUGGAAAAAAAGUAUUUUAUACCAACACAGAAUUCUAAAAAUGGAGAUGUUUUGCCCAGAAUCAUUCAAACGGUGGGUGGCGUAGUGCAAGAUAAAAAUCCUGAGCCAGAGAACAGUGUUCCACCAGAUCAAGAGAAAAGCCAUUCAAACAAUAACACUCUCUCUGAGCGGAGGCUCAGUGAUUCUAGCUUUUGCAGCAUUGAGGAGCAACACCGGGCAGUGUAUGAGAUGGUGCAGCAGAUCUUUCUGUCCACACGAGGUUAUGUAAAUUUUGUCAAUGAAGUAUUUCGGCAGGCUUUUUUACUGCCUUCAUCAGAGAUAUCUUCAUCUGAAAAGGUAGUGAAAGUAUACAGGAAGUGGAUACUGCAAGAGAAGCCUAUGUUCAUGGAAGAACCGGAUCCGAAGGAAGUUGUUCAAGAUGAUGAUGGCAUCACAGAUAAUUCAACAACCGAGUCAGACGGCAAACAUCUUUCAUCUGGCCACUCAGGACAUAAACGAUCCUCCAGUUGGGGGAGAACCUACUCCUUCUCUAGUGCUGUUAACAGAGGAUGUAUAUUAGAAGAUGAAAACAAGAACAUUAAAGCUGGUCUUCAAGCUGCCCUACAGGUAUUCUUAACAAACGCUGCUAAUGUAUUUUUAUUGGAACCAUGUACUGAGAUACCUGCACUUCUGAAGGAGCAAAUUGGUGCAUGCAGAGCAGUUUUGAGUAUAUUCAGGCGCAUGAUCAUGGAACUUCCAAUGAAUAAAAAAACCUGGGAACAAAUGCUUCAAAUUCUUCUCAGGAUAACAGAAGCUGUUAUGAGCAAAUCAAAAGAUAACCAAAUGCAAGACACAUUCGCUCAAAGUUUAGCAGGUGUACUAUUCCGGACUCUCAUUGUGGCCUGGAUCCGAGCUAAUCUAAGUGUCUAUAUUUCUCGAGAACUCUGGGAUGAACUCCUGCGGGUUCUGUCCUCUCUUACGGACUGGAGAGAACUAAUCGCAGAGUGGGCUAACAUCAUGGACUCUCUGACAUCUGUCUUGGCCAGAACUGUGUAUGGUGUUGAAAUGACCAAUUUGCCCUUGGAUAAGCUAAGUGAACAAAAGGAGAAAAUACAAAGAGGGAAAGGUGGCAUUUUGGAACCUCAGAAGGGAACUUCAGUUGGAAGAUCGUUUUCUUUAAGCUGGAGAAAUCAUCCUGAAGUUGUGGAACCAAUGAGGUUUAGGAGUGCUACUACUUCGGGAGUACCAGGAGUUGAGAAAGCAAGGAAUAUAGUGCGUCAGAGAGCAACAGCUAAGCGAAGCCAAUCUAUCAGCAACUGUGCUCAUCUCUGUGAGGCUUUGCCAGCCACUAAAAGUGUACCUCUUCUCCUUCACACUGUGAGCUCUAUCUUACCUGGUAUCUCUUACACUUCUUACUCUCACACGCUUUCAGAAGCUGAAGAAUAUCAGCAGUCAGAAAACGGAACAGGAACAGAAUACAGCCAAGCUGGAACUGUAUCAAGAACAGAAAGUAACAGUCUGUUUUCAGACCAGGAACAAUUAACGCGAAGUAGCAGCACCUCUGAUAUUAGAGACCAAUGCAAUUCUGUUUUUCAUGUUAGAAAAACGGAAAGCUCACAGAACUUAAAUUCAGAUUCCAAAUCUACUGAAGAAACUAAGGGAGUUGUGAACAAAGAAAAUACAGAGGAAGAGACAAACAACAUUCCAGCUGAAUCAUAUCUGAGAGUAGACAUGCAGCAAUCACCUGGAAGUCAGAGAGAAAGAGAGAAAAGUGAAAGUGUCAGUAGUGAUACAUCCCUAGGAUACAGUAAUGAAGUAGACAUUACUAUGGCUCCCUGGCAAUCGUGUGAAGAAAACCAUGAUGUCAACAUGCCAUCUGAGAUUUCGGUUGACCCAGAUGCAUGCCACUGGUUGCACUUGAAUCCUUCAGAUGCCACCAAUUUAACAGACAGCAGUGAGUUCCUUGCUGAUGACUGCAGUAUAAUUGCUGGUGGAAAUCUCAUAGGCUGGCAUCCUGACUCUGCUUCUGUAUUAUGGCGAAGAAUACUGGGGAUUCUUGGAGAUGUAAAUAAUAUCAAGUCUCCUAAAAUACAUGCAAUGGUUUUUGAGUAUCUGUAUGAGCUGUGGUACAAAUUAGCAAAGAUCAGAGAUAAUCUUGCUAUCAGUCUAGAUAACCAGUCCACUCCUGCCCCACCUAUUUUAAUUCCACCACUUAGAAUAUUUGCAUCUUGGUUAUUCAAGGCUACAACCUUGCCAGAUGACUACAAAGAAGGGAAGCUCCAUUCAUACAAACUGAUAUGUGCUAUGAUGACUAGGCGCCAAGAUUUUGUGCCAAAUCCUGACUACUUAGUGCACUUUUAUCUUGUCAUGCACAUUGGCUUAAACAGUAAAGAUCAGGAUAUUUUGAAUACGAUCAUAAGGCACUGCUCUCCCUGCUUUUUCUUCUUGAGCUUGCCUGGCUUUACAUUGUUGAUCGGAGACUUCAUAAGAGCUGCAGCCACUGUCCUGAGUACAAACAUGCUGGAGGCACCCCGCUUAGAAGCACAUACCAUUCUUGGUUCUCUGAUUUGCUUUCCUAAUCUCUACCAAGAAAUCUCAUUGUUACAACCCAUUUUGGGAGCAGAAGUCAUUCCAGAAACUGUGGAUGUCAAAUGUUACCUCAUAAGUACCCUUCUAAAGAAUGCCAUAGACGAACCUAGUGAAGCUUCAAGGUGCUUAGCUGUGUGUUGUCUUGGACUUUGGAUAUGUGAAGAACUAGUGCAAUGUACAAACCAUCCCCAAGUAAAGGAUGCAAUAAAUGUUUUAGGUGUGACACUAAAGUUUUCUAACAAGCAGAUAGCACAGGAAGCAUGUGAUAUCUUUCAAUUGCUUGCAUCCUACUGGGAAAAACUACAGUUGUACAAAUCUUGUCUACCCAGAAAAAUUAUUGAAAUCCUUGUUGCCACCAUCACAUUUCUCUUGCCAAGUGCAGAGUACUCCUCUGUGGAAAGUGAUAAAAAGUUUAUAGUUUCCUUGUUGCUUUGCUUGCUGGAUUGGUGCAUGGCAUUACCAGUGAACAUGCUGCUGGAACCUGUUCUUAUUUCAACGCUGGAAGAUAAACAUUCUUCUAAAGCUCCUUUGCUUGAUUACAUUUAUAGGGUCCUGCACAGUUGCGUCCAUGGUUCAAACACUUACACACAGCAAAGCCAUUACCUCUUAAGCCUUGCAGACCUCUCUAGCGAUGUCUACGAUCCGUUUUUGCCAUUAGCAAGUGUCAGAAAUUCUGAACCUAUCCAGUUCCAGUCUUCAGAAGAUGUCAAUAAUUUGCUCACUGUUGCUGAAGAAAGGAGGAGGAGGAGCUUGGAGUUAAUACCUUUGACUGCACGAAUGAUUAUGGCACAUCUAGUAAACAAUUUGGGCCAUUAUCCCUUGAAUGGAGGGCCUGCCGUUCUUCACAGCCUUAUUAGUGAAAACCAUGACAACUCUUAUGUGGAAUCCUCUGAACUGUCUUCUGAAGUCUUCAGGAGCCCCAACUUACAACUUUUUGUAUUUAAUGAUAGUACUCUUAUAUCUUAUCUUCAAAUUCCUUCAGAAAGAGGGGAAGAUGAUGAACCUCCAGGAGCUCUAUCUGAAGUUAGAGUAAUUGUAAGAGAUAUCUCAGGGAAAUACUCAUGGGAUGGAAAACUGAUGCAUGGACCACUAGCCGGAUGUCCACCAAAUCCAAAUAAAAGGAAAUCUACUGCAUUUUUUAACAAUCAUAAACAGAACUUUGAGUCUCAAGUGGAUUGUAUUGAAAUAUUUGAAGGGGAUGAUGUUCUUGAUAAAUUGCUUGAGAGGAUUGGCAAUAGUAGUCCUGAGUGCCUUCUUCGUCCACAAGUAAAAUUAAAUGAGCCAUCAGCACCACCAUUUGUUAUGAGCUGUGAACAAGAGAACGAUAUUCUAGAAGCAAUAAUAAAACAGAAUUGCACAGAAAAUGAAUAUGCACAUGGAUGCCGUUUGAAUCUUAGCAUGAAGGCUGAAUUUCAGAAAGCACCAAGACCUGCUCAGCUCCAAGCACCAUUUCACUUAUGUAAGCUUUUGCUAAACGACUUAGGGAUGAAUUCUUGGGAUAAAAGGAAAAGUUUUCACCUACUGAAAAAAAAUUCUAAAUUGUUGAGAGAACUGAAAAAUUUGGAUUCCAGGCAAUGCCGUGAAACCCAUAAGAUUGCUGUAUUUUACAUUGCUGAAGGACAAGAAGAUAAAUGUUCAAUAUUGUCCAAUCCAAAAGGAAGUGAAGCAUAUGAAGAUUUUGUUGCUGGAUUAGGCUGGGAGGUUGAUCUUUCAACUCACUGUGGAUUUAUGGGUGGCCUCCAGCAUAAUGGCAGCACAGGACAAACAGCACCAUAUUAUGCCACUUCUACGGUGGAAGUAAUUUUCCAUGUGUCUACCCGCAUGCCCUCUGAUUCAGAUGAUUCACUGACCAAAAAGCUUCGUCAUUUGGGAAAUGAUGAAAUUCAUGUUGUCUGGUCUGAACACACCAGGAAUUAUCGCAGAGGCAUUAUACCAACAGAUUUUGGAGAUGUUUUAAUUAUUAUUUAUCCAAUGAAGAAUCAUAUGUUUUUUAUAGAGAUCAUGAAGAAACCAGAGGUACCAUUUUUUGGUCCGUUAUUUGAUGGUGCAAUCGUGACUGCAAAACUGCUGCCAAAUCUUAUACGCGCCACAUGCAUCAACGCCAGCAGAGCAGUGAAGUCCCUUAUAACUCUCUAUCAAAGCUUUUAUGAGGAAAGAGCACUAUAUCUUGAAGCAAUAAUCCAGAAUCAUAAAGAAGUAAUGACAUUUGAGGACUUUGCAGCUCAGGUCUUCUCUCCUUCUCCCAGUUAUUCCCUUGGAGGAUGUGGCAGUCUUACUACAAGCCUGAGUGCUGAUCUAACUGCCCCUGCAGGAGCAGAGUCGGUGGAGCAGAUGCCAGCAACACUAGCAGGUGCCACAAAAAACAAGCUCUCUGGAAAGUUACGCCGAUCUGCCAGUGCUCUCAGCAAAUCUUCAAGCUAAAGCAGAUUAAAAACUGAAGACAAUGUAAAGAACCAUAUCCUUUCAAAUCUUCCCUUACAUUUCAUCAGUUACUACAAAUGUGGAACCGGUCACUUUUGAGGACUGCAAAAAGAAUAUGUUUCCUAUAAAAAUCAAAACUGAAUCAGUUUCAGAUUUAAAAUAUUCAAGUUGAUCACUUGGAUUAUGCAAAAGCCUUUCAUUUUACUAUUAUUUGCUGCCUGAGCAACAAGUCGUGAGUUGAUUUUUCAAGCUGACUAUUUAACUGUGGUAAAUUUUCUUGUUUCAUUGUAGCUGCAAUCGCACAUUACUGGAAGAAGAUGCAGAGCAAUAAUCGAAACAGAGCUAAUUUCUUGAGUGUGGCAUUCAUAAUUUCAUUAUAAUUUAUAACUUCAUAUAGUAGAUGGGUGCUUCUUUCAUAAUUGGGGGCCUGUAUUUGGCCAAAGUGAAGCACUUUAGAGUUUUAGUGAUGCCAGUGAGGAGAGGAGCACAUUACUAAUUCUCUCCUAUGGAAAUCAAUUGGACUUUAAAAUGUUUCACUUUGGCUGGAUUGUUCCCAGACUUAAAUAUGGAUGGAGGGAUGAUUAUGCUUUUCAGUAUCUCCUCUAAUAUUCUCUUUCCAUUAUUUAUUCACAAAUAUCUUUCUUAUGCUCCUAAACAAGAAUGCUUAAUACCUCUUUUGAGCCACUUACGUAGAAAUAGCUUUGUUAGCUGAAUAAAGCAGCAAAAAUGAGAUUUCAGGUGCUUAGUUAAAAUAUUAUUUUGUACACAAGACACACAUAUAGUAUACCAUUUCAGUCUUACCCAGAGUUCCUAUUUCACAAUGUCCUUGGUUGGUAAAAUUGGACCAAAAUAAUGUAUCCUUAUUGAAUGACUAGCCAUAGAAUGGUUACUUAGUUGACUAUAUGAAAAAGUGGUUCAAUGUAAUGUUUAUCACAAUAAAUGGAAAUCACUUACACACAAAUAUAUAAAUAUAGUGGUGGUUCACACACAGCUGUAGGGCAGAAGCUAUAUUUAGUAUCGUGCAAUUUUGCUCUCCCCCUCCAACUCCCCCCCCCCCCCCCCCCC